AUGCCAAGAAAAAAGGCGGAAUCAUCCUCUUCUUCGAAAGGCUCUAAAAAAUCAUCUACUAAAGAAUUAAACAAUGAUGGUAAUGAAUCAACAACUCCAUCAUCGGAAAGUACAAAAAAUACGAGAAAAUCCACGAGAGCAAAGAAAAAUAUUGUUGAUGAAGAACUUGUCAUAGACUUGUCUACGGACGAUGAAAACAUUAAAUCAAAGGUUUCAUCAAAAAAGAGGAAAAAAAAAGGAGAUGACGAUGAAGGAGAUGAUUAUAUUCCAGAGUCAUCAGAAAAUGAGGAGGAUGUAAUAUCUGUUGCAGAUUCAGUGAAUUCCGAAGAGGGCGAAGAGCCUAAAGCUAAAAAAUCAAAGAAAAAAAAAGAUACUACAAGCAAAACCAAGUCUUCAAAAAAAGGAGAAAAAUCUACAAAGCCUAAGAAAACUGCAAAGAAAAAGAGCACACAAGUGGAGCGAACAUUGACGCAUCACGUCACCACAGAGAGUAUUGUGAUUGAUCCUAAAAAAAUAUGUUCACAAUUUUUGCCAAUCAUUGAAGAGCGCGAGAUCAAAGAUGACAUUGUACGCAGUAUAAUUAUCCAAAAUUCUGAUCAUUCGGCUCAAAACGUUAAAGAAAUAAUGCCCAAAACGAUAUUACUCAAUACCAAUCCAGAAAAGGAAAGAAAAAAUUAUAUUCCAGAGGAUCGAUCAAAUGAAAGACCAUGUAUACAGGUAGACAUACCAUUUCAUCAAGGUACACUCUUAAAUACUACUAGGAAAAGUUCUCAGGUGCAGAAUUUGGCAAUUUUGAACAUUGGCGCUCCUGUUUGGGCCAUGGAUUGGGUGAAUAAGGCACCAGAAACUAGCGAUCAAUAUGCUGCAAUUGCUCCUCACACCACACAUUCUGCGUUUCAUAAGUGUGGAAAAGUAACAACUCACAAUGAUUUAUUUAGGCCUCUCGGGACAACAUCAAAUGCUACCAUCUCUGAUUUUGAUCAUUGUGGAAAAAUUCAACUUUGGAAUUUUGGAAUUUUGAAUAGCAAAGGACAAACAAGCAAGAAUCCAACCAUUGAUUUUUACGUCGAACAGAAUCAUGGGUUUAUUUGGGACAUGAAAUGGAUGCCUAAUUCAUACCUUACCAACAAGAGGCUUGGAAUUUUAGCUUGCGCAUGUUCGGAUGGAACAAUUUUGAUAACAUCUAUUCCUCAUCUUUCUCAAAUCCGUAAUCAUGAGCAUCCCACUAUACAUUCGCAUGAAAAUGGAGCUUUAAUUGUCAAACUACGAUCAGAAUAUUACACAAGCACGCAAUUUGAUGCUGAAAAUAUGUUGACCAAUAAGAUUCCGUAUUCAUUAGCUUGGUCUCCUAAUUGUAAAUAUCUCCUAGGUGGUUACAACGAUGGUACAGUUUCUGUAUGGAAAAUUAACGCUAAUGCAUCAUUGCAAGACAACAAACCUCUUCUGGAAAUGGUGAGCACUAUCCAAGCUCAUAAUCACCCAACGAACGAUUUAUCAAUCCGAUCCAUGUCAUGGUUCGAUCCUGCCUUGAAUGAAAACAUUUUUGCAACAUGUAGCAAUGACGGAAUGAAUAAGAUUUGGGACAUACGUGACAUUUACUAUCCCUACUAUUCGGCGACUAAUGCCAAUAGAUUCUGGUCCACAGGUGUUGUGUUUCCAGAAGGAUCAAAUGCUCUCAUAUGUAUCUCUCAUGAUGGAAAUGUGCGUCAGUUCGAUGCAGUUGAAAAUGUAUUCCAAUUAGUAUCGGCUACAGAUGGACCCUUAUGGGAUAUUUCUCUAUGUUCAUCACGUGCGAGUUUGCUUGUCUGUACAGCUACAGGCAGAGUGGAAGUAAUGUCACUUGAGCAAGAUUCGAUGGCAAAAAAACGAAGAUCAGUGGAUACGAGAGUUGAUGAUUUACUUUUGCAAAUUGAUUUAGUUGUCAAUGAUGAAAGCAGAAGCGGUGAAAAACAAUCCUUAGACAAGUUGGCCAAAGAGAUGAAGCGAGCGCAGUUGUGUUAUUCUUUACCAUAUCACAUGCCUACAGGUGACUCUUCAGACAAGGUUCAGACCUAUUUCAAACUUCCAACAAAAGUUAAAGACAUCAAGAUGGUUCCAGAUGAGCGUAUUUCCAUUCAUAGAUGUUUGUUUCAUCCAUCAAAAGCUCAAGAUUUAAGAAAUUGGAGUCUGGUUGGAGGUUAUGAUGGAAUUGUCUUUGCAAUUCCCGUUCCAGAGCAAUAUAGCGACUAA